UUUUUCUUGCAAAAAAACUUUUGACAUCAAAAAUUUUACCUAAUUAUAAUCAUAUUUUGUUCUAUGUUCCAAAACUAUCGUCACAAUUUCCGUAAAUUCCACCACGUGUUCUAUGAACCGGGUACUGAUAAGAAACACUGAUAAACUUCAUAAAAACGCCAAAACUACGAGACUUUAGUCGUCAUUUUGUGCCAUUUUUUCACAAAAUGAAGUCACGAUUUUUAUUGAAAAUCUUCAUAUUUUUAGCGGUUUUUGGAGUUGAUAGUGUCCGGGCAGCUGAUUGUACGGAAAAAACAUUUAAAACCGGAACAGUAUGCGUUUGUAGUCUCGAUUCUUGCGAUGAGAUUCCACCUCUGGACAUCACUAUGGGUCAGGCGGCACUCUACACCACCUCCCAUACCGGCGCCCGGCUCCACAGGGAUGUCAUCUAUGCGACGGAUACUGAGCCAUUCGGAACCCUGCACAUGACAAUUGACUCCUCCAAAAAAUACCAGACGAUCCAAGGAUUUGGCUCCACAUUUUCCGAUGCUUCUGGUGCAAACCUGAAGAGUUUGCCGGACAAAUUGUCGGAUUUGAUUAUGAAACAAUAUUUUUCGGAUACAGGACUUAACCUCCAAUUCGGUAGAGUUCCAAUAGCCAGCACAGAUUUUUCGGGUCGAGUUUACAGUUAUAACGAUGUCGCAAAUGAUUAUUCAAUGCAGAAUUUUAAUUUGACUAAGGAAGAUUUCCAGUGGAAAAUCCCAUACAUCAAAAACGCGCAGAAGUACAAUCCGAACUUGAAGUUAUUUGCAGCUCCGUGGGCAGCACCAGGAUGGCUUAAGACUACUAAAGAAAUGACAGGACCUGGGGCUCUUAACGGAAAAGCUGGGGAUAACUAUCAUCAGGCAUACGCCAAAUAUUUUGUCAGAUUCCUCGAGGAGUACGGAAAAUCUGGAAUCUCAUUCUGGGGACUUUCAACUCAAAACCAGCCAACAUUAGGCUCCGAUAAGAAGAAUAAAAUACAAUCGACACUUUUCACAGCUGAAACACAACGAGAUUUCAUAAAAACUGACUUGGGACCAGCCCUGGCUGCUUCAAGUUCUGGAAAAGAUGUGAAACUUCUGAUUCUGGACGAUAAUCGAGGAAACUUGCCGAAAUGGGCAGAUACUGUUCUAAACGACAUGGACGCCGCAAAGUACGUGGGCGGUAUCGGGGUUCACGCAUAUCAAGACGGAGAAACUGAUAAUCACUUGGAUGAGACUCACAAAAAACAUCCAAAUUUUUUUAUUUUAGGCACUGAGGCUUCCGAAGGCUACGGGUCCAAGGACACCCACGUGGAUUAUGGAAAUUGGGAUCGUGCAGCAGAUACUGCUUCAGAUAUUUUAGAUAACAUGAACAACUGGAUGACUGGCUGGACAGAACGUAACCUAAUCCUAGACGCCCUGGGUGGUCCAUCAUGGGUGUCCGACUACACAGAUGCGCCGGUCAUUGCGUUCCCAGCGAUGGCUCAAUUCUACAAGCAGCCCAUGUUUUAUGCGAUUGCACAUUUUAGUCACUUCAUCAAGCCUGGAGCAGUAAGAAUCGACCACUCAUUAAAUGUAAUUGAGCUGGAAGUUGAAACCACCGCAUUUUUGAAUCCUGAUGGCUCAAAAGUUAUUGUAAUGCUCAAUAAGGGCUCGCUAGUCUCAACGGAGCACACAGUAGUUGUCCAGGAUGCUGCUGAUAGCCGUAAUCACUAUCAUUUUACACUUCCACAUCGAGCUAUUACCACUUUGUAUAUUCAAACUUCACAGUUUUAGUGGAUUUUUCGACAAAAAUUGCUUAUUAAAUAAGUUUUCAUGUUGAUUGUUGGAUUUUUCAUAAAAUUUGCGUCAAUUUGACCCCCAUAUUGACAUGUUUUGAAGCAGUUUGAAAUUUUGGUGGUUUUUGGGACGCGGCGCGGUCGCGUCGCGGUCCAGACUAAAAAGUCGCUAGAUAAAAAGUUUUCCACGUUUUUAGAGGAUGUCUGUUCGAAUAAUUUAAGUUUCAAGCUAUUUUGCAUCACUUUGACACCUGCAAUGCUAUGAUUUGAGGCAAUAUAAAACUUAAAUUUUUGAAAGCGGCGCGGUCGCGUCGCGGUCGAAAAUCGAAAACUCAUCUUACCUAUAGUUUUAAACUUUUUUAUGCAUGUUUUCGAAUUUUUCUAAAAAUUUCCAUCCAUUUAACACCCAUAUUGGCAUGUAUUAAACAAUUUUUAAAUUUUAGUAGUUUUGGACCGCGAUGCGACCGCGCCGCGGGGCUCAAAUUUCAAAGUGAACCGAUUCUAGUCGAUAUGGGGCUUAAAAUUUCAGAAAUUGAAUGAAUAAUUCAAAUUUUUACACUAAAAGUUCAGGUUUCAACACGAUUUUUUAAAUUUUUCAAAAAUAAAAUUUUAAAAAAUUGAUA